AUGUGGUUGCCAUUACGGAUUUCUGCGAUUACAUUUCAGAUUCACCAUUUCUCUGCAACAACUCUCAGAAAUCAGUUGAAAAAGGAGCAUGACGAGAUCUCAAAGCCUCUUUCGUUUGAACUUCCUAUUACUGGUGAUUUUGAUGAGUUUCAGAAAGAAGCUAUCCAAAUGGUGAAGCCAGCAAAGGGAACCACUACCCUAGCUUUUAUAUUCAAGGAAGGCGUUAUGGUUGCUGCUGAUUCACGUGCUAGCAUGGGAGGAUAUAUAUCAUCACAAACUGUUAAGAAAAUCAUUGAAAUUAAUCCAUACAUGCUUGGCACAAUGGCUGGAGGAGCUGCUGACUGCCAGUUCUGGCACAGGAAUCUGGGUGUUAAGUGUCGAUUGCACGAACUGGCAAAUAAGAGAAGAAUAUCCGUAACUGGAGCCUCAAAGUUGCUGGCUAACAUUCUCUAUUCUUAUCGGGGAAUGGGUUUAUCUGUUGGAACUAUGAUAGCUGGCUGGGAUGAGAAGGGUCCUGGCCUGUAUUAUGUGGACAGUGAAGGAGGAAGGCUGAAAGGAACUAGAUUCUCUGUUGGAUCUGGUUCGCCAUAUGCUUACGGUGUUUUGGACAGUGGCUACCAUUAUGAUAUGUCUGUUGAAGAAGCUGCAGAGUUGGCAAGACGAGCUAUUUACCAUGCAACAUUCCGUGAUGGAGCCAGUGGUGGCAUUGCCAGUGUUUAUCACGUUGGACCAAAUGGAUGGACAAAGCUAUCUGGCGAUGAUGUUGGAGAACUUCACUACAAAUACUAUCCAGUCGAAACAGAAGUUGUAGAGCAUGAGAUGGCUGAAUUGUCAGUGGCCUGA